AUGUCUUCUCGGGCUUCUGAGCAGCUGUCUUCUGAAAGAAAGAGACAAGAAAAUCGAAAGAAAUUAAUCCCAAUCGUGAGAGGACUAUUUUUUUGCGGUAAACAAGGUAUACCCUUAAGAGGAAAAACUGAUUCGGGACGUAUCGAUAUCACACCAGAUUCUGAACAACCACUUCAGAAUGACGAUAAUUUUCGAGCACUGUUGCGUUACGCAGCUGAAUCUGGAGAUAAAGAUCUUUCGGAGCAUUUGGCCACUUCUCGAAGGAAUGCUUUUCAUACAAGUCCCCAGAUCCAAAAUGAAAUAAUUGGAAUAUGUGGUGAAAUUAUUCAACAUAAGAUAAUAAAUGGAGUGAAGGAAGCUAAAUUUUUUGCUAUUCUUGCUGACGAGACGACUGACAUUGGUCGAAUGGAGCAAGUUUCGCUGUGCUUGAGAUAUGUUGAUGCAAAAGAUGUUAAACAUCAUAAAGUUAAGGAGAUGUUCCUUGAGUUCAUUCCAACUGUUGACAUGACAGGAUCCGGCCUUGCCAAUCUCAUAAUAACAGCUCUUAAAAAUCAUGGACUUGAAUGUUGUCAUAUGGUUGGUCAAGGUUAUGAUGGUGCUGCAGCUAUGAGUGGAUAUUUGCAGGGUGCCCAGGCCUACAUUCGUCAAGAAUGCCCCCUUGCUCUUUAUGUACAUUGUAGUGCUCACUCACUCAAUCUUUCUAUUGCCGAUUCAUGCUCAGAAAAAGAUGUGAGAAAUUGCAUUGGAAUCGUGCAGUCUGUUGGUUCGUACUUCAGACAUUCUGCUCAACGCACUGCCAUUUUGAAAGACAAAAUUCGGGAGCUCAUGCCGACAGAUCAUCAAAAAAGCUUAUUAGCAAUGUGCGAAACACGGUGGGUUUACAAGCAUGAAGCUGUAAUCAGAUUCAUGGAAAUUUGUUCAGCGAUUGUGAAUGCUCUAGAGGAACUACAAUCUAGCCGUAAUAAAGAAACCGCGGAACAAACUCUUCAAAUGGUCAACACACUCAGAUCUUCGAAUUUUUUUAUGUGCCUGGUGAUUAUUCAGAAAGUCAUGAGUUAUACAUUGCCAUUAUCGAAACAACUACAAUCAUCUAACACGGACCUCAUAACAGCAUUGAACCAUGUAGAUAAUAUAAUUAACGCAUUGCAACUUUUAAGAAGGAACGUUGACAAAGAGUUCCUCCAUCUUUAUGAAGCAGUAAGUGUUGCUUGA